AUGACGAAGCAUUCCGAGAAAAACAAGAGUCUGGAAAUGUUUCUCGCCGCCGUGGAAGGGGGAGAAAAAAAACCUCAAAUCCUCCCGGGCGUCUUUAUUGGAGUUUUAAUCAAGUCUAACUUGACUCCACCAAGAGGCGUUUCGCAAAAAGAAAAUAGUGGCGAGCCGGGCUGGCAGCUGAGCAAACGCGCCACUGUUCCCUCCGACGCUGUUCCCGGCAUCGAACAACGCACCUUAACCAGCAGUAAUUACAGCUGUGCGCCCCCCAGCCAAGACCACUUUCUGCGCCAAAACCUGUCCAAGAACCCUCUCAGCACGCUUUCCUGGCAGCUCUUCCAGCACCUUCAACUGGCCGAGCUGCGGCUGGACGGCGUGGUGUUCAAGUGCGGCUGCGACGUGCGCUGGAUCCAGCUGUGGCAGGAGCGAGGGGAGGCGGGGCUUCACGCCCAGCAGCUGUACUGCAGGAACGGGGCCUCCAAGAUGAAGCUGCACAACAUGUACAUUCAGCACUGCGACUUGCCAGAGAUCAGCGUGAGCCCCAGCAGCGACGUGUUAGUGAUGGAAGGCGACAACGUGACAGUGAGCUGUAAUGGAACCGCAGAACCGACGCCUGAAGUGGACUGGACUGUCAGCGGCCUGCAGUCCAUCAACACACAUCUGUCCAACGUCUACUGGCCCAACAUCCACUCCAUCAACCUGACGCUGUUCAACAUCAGCCGAGACGACAACAACUACCAGCUGACCUGCAUCGCCGAGAACGUGGUGGGCAUGACCAACUGGUCCAUCGAGCUCAAAGUGCAAUUUCCCCCCGUCAUCCUGACGCUGGCCGAGCCCGAGCAGCGCCAUGACACCUGCAUCGAGUUCACGGUGCGAGGUUCCCCCAAGCCCAAGCUGCGCUGGUUCCACAAGAACAAGGAGAUCAUCCACAACCAGUACAUCCGCACGGAGAUGAUGGAAUACCACGACUACCUGGAAGGCUGCCUGACGUUGCAGAACCCCACGCACAUCAACAACGGCAACUACACCCUGGAGGCCAGCAACUCUCUGGGGACGGUCAACAAGACGGUGUACGGUCACUUCCUCAUGGCGCCGGGCCUGGAUGACGAAGACGUGGUGGAACUGGUCCCCUCGGCGCCGACCGACUCGGAUUCGGGCCGCCCGGACGAGGACACGUUCGGGGUUUCCAUCGCCGUGGGCUUGGCGGGCUUCGCCUGCGUCCUCCUCCUCGUCCUUUUCGUCCUCAUCAACAAGUACGGGCGACGCUCCAAAUUCGGAAUGAAAGGCGGCGCCAACCGAGAGGCUGAAUUAAUUAGCGGACUGCGAGCUGUCCGUCACGCCCGGGGACUCGCUUCAACGUCGCUGUGCCAUUUUGUCGGGCGACAGCGAGGGUUAGAAUUCUCUAUUAGUCACACUCAAGCUAGCACCUGCGUUGCUUUUAGGCACGUCCCGCUGACGGCCGCUAAUGGCUUCUAG